AUGUCACCCGCUCCCAAAGCGACGGCACCGCCUCAGGCCUCGGAACGACUGCGCAAGACAUUGUACGGAUGGGGUACGAGAGUAUCACUAAUUAUUACUCAGAAUUCACACUCGUCAUGCGGCUACAUGCUCGUGCACUCCGAGAUCGUGCAAGUAUUCGUUCUCCUUGUCAUCAGGUUCUUGGGUGACGGUGGUUCAGAGUAUUGUGCUACUACGGACGCAUGUCUCUUCUUCCUCUUGCUCUCUCCAUUCCAAUUUCAUCAACGACGGCUCGUACCGACGAUGACAAGCUGGUCUGCAGCAAUCCAGAACUUCCGCAUCGCACAAACAGGAGGACCAUCGAAUGAACCAACGCAACAGAGUACCGAGAGUAAAGGAACUUUUUCGGAAUUCCGCAACCUCUUCACCGAGGCGGGCCGGACCGAAGUCGAACAGACCCUGCCCGACAGUGGCCUCCCGGACCAAUUGGGCGCAAGUCCAGCUGGUAAUAUCAGGUGGUUGUCGGGCGUCCUCGUACGGGUACCCGUACCCAACUACAUCCCUGGUACCUGGUUCAUUUCCUCGCUCGACGCGGAUUUCCAUCCAAAGAUAUACAUGUGCUCAGUAAAUGCAGUAUUACGUAUUGUAUGCACCUUCGGACUGCCGAGCACCACUACACCCACUUCCGAGUACCGGCACCACCGUUACUAUCUUGUGCCUUUUCAUCCUCCCUUGUUGGGCCUCAAGGAUAGACUCGGGUGCGACGACAAGACGGUCACCCGUUUUUACACACCACCUGGCUCAUUGGAUAUCAAAUCACAAGCCAGCACCUUUGCCUCAUUUGCCAAUAUUGCGAUUUCCCUCCCCGCCAUGUCCGAAAUCGCCAUCGUGGCAACGAAAGGAGUGUUCACUAACGUUCGCAACCACUUUCCCCGAGCUGCUGAGCAACACUCGCGACAGAGCACAGCCCUCGUAGUUGCUCGGUCACUCGACCAAUGUGCUCGUUCACUCCACUUAUCCAACGCCCAACCGCAAGCCCAGUGCCGAAUAGCAGGAGUCAAUUGUGGCGACGAUCCGGUCGGACCGCCCAUGGGCCGAAUCGUCCCCCCCACCAACCAAACCUACCCACCCACCAACCCAUCAACCCUCCCAACCAUUAAACUCACCGCCCAUCUGCCGACUGCCCUCCUUCCGCCAUCGGCCAAGCUCUUCUGGGACACCGUAAUCGCCCUCGUGACUUUGCAGGCCACAGGGACCAGCUUCAGCACUCCAACAAUUGCUCUCCUCCGACUCCACCAGCUUGCUCCGAGCGGGGCUUUUCAUGGCACCGCACGACUAAGCAGUUACAGUAGCUAUCCCCAGGCCCACCGAGACCAGACAUCGCCAUCCGUCUCUCCUCGUGCCCUUGAACGUCGUCUUGUCUGCUCAGAUCGACUUCCUUGCCGCAGACGACCGACGAAGAUCACGAUCCACACGGGCGGUGAAAGCUCCCGCUCAACUUCCUACAACAGCGAGGAAGACUUGUCCCACAACGAGCGAGAUAUAUCCAUUACCGACGAAGACGACGAGUGGGACGAUCAAGACGACUUCUACGACGGCGACGAAGACCUCUUCCCUUCCGAUUCCGCAUCCGCCAGCAACGAAGGCCCUCCCGUCCCACGUCAAGCGAGAGCGAGAGCCGCCCCUCGCCGUCAUCGAUUGACUCGCCAGCAACCCCAGUAUCCCCCGGUGCAGGUGUCUGCACCCAUCCUGCCCAGCGUGGAUCCGUCCGAAGAAUUCGGCCACUAUGGCCAGGGGUACCAGCCCCAACCCGCCCAACGCGCCGGCCACUUCGCCGGGCGAGGCGGCCAUCCGCAACCGUACCCGGGCCAAAACCACUACAUGGGAGGAUAUCCGGCCGGAAACCAGAUGGUUCCUUACGGAAGCUACGGGCCGAACCCCUUCAGUCCCAUGAGCAACAGCUCGAGCGGGGCCAGUUACUUCGGCGGCGAGCAGAGGCUCAUGUACGACAUGAUGCCGUACCAGCAGCAGCCCUUCUACGGCGCCCCGCAGUACAGCCUGCCCGCUCACAUGCAGCAGUUUCACCUUUCGCCCCCGCCCCCGCCGGCUACCGAAGCUCCCGCCCAGCCGCCCACGCCGGCCCCGAAGGAGCCCCCGGUUGAUGUGGAAAAGAUCAAGAUGGAAGCGCAGCUGGCCGCCAUAAAAGCCCACGAGGAUAGGCAGAGAGCCCUCGACGAGCAGCGGGAGCGUGACACCCAGAUUCGCAAGGAGGCCGAGGAGGCUUUCAUGAAGAAGAUGGACGAGAUGAAGAAGCAGCAAGAGGAGGCUCAAAAGGAGAUUGCGCGCGCUCGAGCCGAAGCCGAGCGUGCUGCCGUUGAACGAGUCGAAGCCGAACGCAGGGCUGCCGACGAUAGGGCGAAGCAGGAGGCCGAGGCGAUGAGACGCGCCGAAGAGAAUGCCAUGAGGAAGUUCGAAGCCGAGAUGAAGGCGGCAGAGGAUCGGAGGAAGAAGGAGGCCGAGGACCGCGUGAGGAUCGAAGAGGCCGCCAAGGCUCGCCUGGAGGCCGCCAUGAAAGCCGAAGCGGACGCCAAGAUAGCGGCCGAGAAGAAAGUGGCCGAGGAAGCCGAACGACUCAAGCUGAUCCAGGAGGACGCCAAGCGCAAGGCUGAAGCCGACGCGGCGGCCAAGAUCGAGGCCGACAAGGAGGCGGCCAAGAAGAAAGCCGAAGCCGACGAGGCGGCCAAGAAGGAGCACGAGGCCCUCAAGAAAAAGAUUCAAGAAGAAACCAAGGCCAAGUUGGAGGAGGCGGCUAAGAAAGCGUCGGACAAGGCGCCUAUCAAGUUCAAGGACGCCGUCGGAAGGAAAUUCAGCUUCCCUUUUCAUCUUUGCAAGACCUGGCAGGGCAUCGACGACCUCAUCAAGCAGGCCUUCUUGCACGUCGAAGUCAUCGGACCACAUGUGCAGCAGGGCCACUUUGACCUCAUCGGUCCCAAUGGCGAGAUUAUCCUUCCUACUGUAUGGGAAAAGGUCAUAGAACCAGACUGGUCGAUCAGCAUGGUCAUGUGGCCGGUGGAAAAGAUGCCUCCAGCUGGCCCGAAAUUGCCACCUGGGAUGAUGCCAGGAGCCGGAGGCCGUCGCGGCCACAUGCCUGGCAUACCGAUUCCUGGUCCAAUGUCGGGUGUUCCAUCUGCCGGACGCCCUGCCGGUGGAAUUCCGCCAUUGGCCGGCUGGUCAAAAUCGGGCAACCGACGUCCGCCGGACAUUGACAUUGUCGAAGUCGCGCCGGCUCCAGCAAAGUCAGGGAAGAGCAGCAGCAAGAAAAACUCGGCAAUGCUCACAUUCUUUGCGGGCAGGCCGGCGAAGAAAAAGUCGAGCAAGAAGUGA